UCCCUUUCCAAAACAAAUGCCUUUCUUGUGAAGGACAGCGAGAUGAUCCAAUGUGGGAACGGCUAAGAGUUAGCCCUGCCCCUCAGCUUGCCGAUAUAAAGGGAGCUCUCCAGGACUGACCCUGCUGACUCUCCCACUCUGCAUUGCCUCCUGCGGCCAGAAAGAACCAUGACUACUUACUCCAGCCGCAGCCAGUCCUUUUCUGGAGGGAUCCAGGGUUCCCGAGGGGGGAGCCUACGUAGCCUAGGCAGGUCUCCAACAGCAUCGAGCAUCUAUGGGGGCACCCCAGCAAAGAAUGGCCUGGCCUGGCGCUAUGGGCAGAGCGGUGCGGAGGCAAACAUCUUUGACAUAAACGAAAAGGGCACCAUGCAGAAUCUGAACGACCGCCUGGCUGCCUAUCUGGAAAGGGUGCGCUCCCUUGAGGAAUCUAACGGUCAGCUAGAGAACAACAUCCGGGAGAUAUACCUCAAGCGAGCAUCAACGGAGGCUCCGGAUCUGAGCAGCUAUUUCAACACCAUCACUGACCUGAAGUCUAAGAUCCAGCAGGAGACCUUGAACAACGCUGGGCUGCUCUUACAGAUCGAUAAUGCCAAACUCGCUGCUGAUGAUUUCAGAGUGAAGUUGGAAACAGAGGCGGCCAUACGGCAGUCCGUGGAGGGGGACUUCGGUGGGCUGCGCAAGGCCCUGGAGGAACUCAACACCAGCCGGGCUACCUUGCAGGUGCAAGUGGACAACCUCCAAGAGGAACUGGACUACCUCAAGAGGAACCACAAGGAGGAGGUGACCUCUCUCCAGGGGAGGCUGGGGGGCACCGUCAACGUGGAAGUGGACUCCAUGCCUGGUGCUGACCUGCAGAAAGUGCUGGCUGAGAUCCGAGACCAGUAUGAGGACGUCACGGAGAAGAACCGCCGGGAAGCCGAGGCGUUGCACAAGUCCCAGAUGGAUGCACUCAACCAGGAGGUUGCUGUCAGCCACGAAGCUCUGCAGGCAGCUCAGCAGAAGAUCACGGAGCUCAGGCGCCUGGCUCAGGCCUUGGAGAUUGAGCUGCAGUCUCUCCGCAGCAUGAAAGUGGCCCUGGAAGGUUCCCUGGCCGAGACUGAAUCCCGCUACGGGAUAGAGAUCUCGCGGCUGCGUGAUCUUGUGAGCGCCAGGGAGGCCGAGCUGUUCCAGCUCAGAUCUGAUGCCCAGAACCAAGCAGAGGACUACAAGCGACUGAUGGACAUCAAGAACAGGCUGGAGCAGGAGAUUGCUACCUAUCGGCACCUCCUUGAAGGGUCAGAGCCUGAGCCACCACCUACCCCAGAGCCCUGCUCGAGCCGCCGGGUGAAGACUCUCAUUGAAGAGCUGGUGGAUGGCAAGGUGGUCUCUUCCCGGGUGGAGGAGGUGGAGCACCAGCUCUGAACGAGGCUGGCUUGGCCACAGAAAGGGCUGCCAGAAGACGGGGGAUGGUGGCGGGUGGCGCUGGGGCCACGAUUCUGCAUGACUUUUUCUGCCGACCUGAUUAUAUACAUGCCUAGACUUCUGUCUUCAAAUAAAAGGAGUCUUUCGCUUCCGCUGAA